AUGGAAAGUCUGGAUGUUAUAGAGGCGAACAUUGGCGAGAAUGCUCCGGUUCCACGUUGGAAACGGCGCCAGCAGCGCCAACUCGCCGAGCAGCUCGCCAGAGCCGACUCCGCGAGGCCCGUGUCCAUUCGCUCCCACGACGACAACGAAACACGCUCCGUUCUUGAGCGCAGCAACUCAGCUGCUGCUGUUCUUCGGGAGAGAAACCAGAUAACCAGUCCAUCGUUGGUUCAUCGGAAGCGCUCCCGGUCCACGUUACCGAGUCCAGCAUCGCAUGCUGCGUCCCCGCGUUGCGACCGCUUCAUUCCCGAUCGUUCUGCCAUGGACCUCGAACUGGGUCGUUUCGUGAUGACGGCUGCUCUGGGUCGUUCCAUCACACCAGGAACAGGGCCAGCGGAAACGCUGGAAAGCGUAGAGGGUUCACAGGCCUCGAGAACAGAGGUGACUGUGGAGCGCCCAGCCUGGGGCUCGGGCGCAUUCAGUGCUCCAGAGCAUGCUGUGCAUACGCAUGAGCUACUCGAUGACCGAGCGAAUCGGCCAGGUGCAUCUUCAUCAUCGCCGACCUCGAGUACCUACCAGAGGUCGGGCACCCUCAGUAGCGCACAGAGCUGGGCCUCUAGCCUCGACACGUUUUCUUCGAUACCGAGCACCGCAGACGAACUCACCGGGGAGUGGCAGACAAGUGACGUGCGCUCGCCAGCGCGUCUGGCUGCAGCCGCAGAGAAGAUUCACGCACCUGGAGCAGUCGACCCUCGACAGCUCGCCCAGAGCCUAGAGUACCGGAGCCAACUCGCUAGUGAGCUUGGUACCGCUGGCUUGCUCGGCUCCGUGAUUGAUAGCCCCAGCGAUGAACCAUGGCAAGCACACGAAGACACCAGCGGACUUGGCAGUCGACAGACGGCAAAACGAGGUAAUACAGCCGAGUCCAUGCCCGGCAGCGGUACCAAAAUCCUCGCCUUCAAACCGAAACCCCCGGUGCACCUCGGCGAUAAGGCUGCUCAUGCGGCUAUCGCUGUGGUCUAUACGCAGAACCGCCUCGGUGCAGCUUGUAGACGACACCUCCAUCGACAUAUCCCGAGUGCGCCGGAGCGAAUCCUCGAUGCUCCCGAGAUGGUUGAUGACUACUAUCUGAACCUGUUGGACUGGAGUGCCAACAACGUGCUGGCGGUGGCGCUCGGUUCGGCGGUUUACCUCUGGAAUGCCAGCACUGGUGGCAUUGAGCAGCUCACUGACCUUGCACCUGGGGAUCAGCACACCAACCAAGACUAUGUGUGUUCGCUUAAAUGGGUCCAAGGCUCUGGUUGCGCUCCGCAUGCAAACGCAGAAGCUUCAGCACCGUACCUAGCAGUAGGGACCGCCUUUGGUCACGUUCAAAUCUGGGAUGUUGAAGCGAACAAGCGGCUGCGAACGCUGCGAACGCACCAGGGACGCGUCGGCUCCCUGCACUGGAACGGACCGCUGCUGUGCUCGGGCAGUCGGGACAGCACCGUGCAGCUUCAUGACGUGCGGGAAGCACGCCACCUUGCCUCGACACUUGUAGCGCACGAACAAGAGGUCUGCGGCCUGCAAUGGAGUCCGAACGGUAUGCAACUGGCUACGGGCGGUAACGAUAACCUGCUGAUGGUUUGGGAUCGUCGCGCACUGCAGCAUCCACGACUCCGUUUCGAUGAGCACACUGCUGCGGUUAAGGCACUCGGCUGGUGCCCCUGGCAGAGUCAUCUGUUGGCGUCGGGUGGUGGUACCACCGAUCGCAUGCUGCGCUUCUGGAAUACCCAUACGGGCGUCUGCUUGCAAGCCGUCGAUACCGAGAGCCAGGUGUGUGCGCUGCAGUGGAGUAUGCAUUAUCGGGAACUCGUCACGGGCCAUGGAUUCAGCCGCAAUCAACUUGUAGUCUGGAAGUAUCCCGACCUGAACAAAGUCGCUGAGCUAACUGGCCACGGGGCACGCGUCCUGCACCUAACCACCUCACCGGAUGGUCAAACCGUGGCAAGUGCUGCCGCCGAUGAGACGCUGCGCUUUUGGAAGAUUUUCCCCAAACCCCAAACGAGUCGUUUCGGAGUGGGCAAAGCCCUGCUCGCUGGAACAGCGCGGGAAACGCUGGUGCCCGAGGACACCAGGCAACUUGCGCAUGCUGGCACAGCCUCGUCGUCUUCCAGCAGCCAAAGAUCUCAUGCAGGUGACAGGAGCGCUUCAGCAACCGGGCGCUUACCUUUCACAGCGAUGUGGAAGUCGCUCGGUUCGGCGGAAAGCGCCCCAGCUGGGGAUACGGAUGCAUCGCCCGCUGUCGAAGGCACUCGUUUCACAGAGGCAUCAGCGUCGGCCUUCGUUCGUGUAUCCGCUGCUCGCACAGCGGAUGCUUCGCGCACGGGAGACACAGCCUCGAUGACGACACUGGAGCAGCUUUCGUCGCUGCGGAAUGAACUGAACCGACGGAUCGGAAGCCGACCCUUGACGACCAUGCGCUCAAGUGCGAUACGUUAA